ACCUGGCAACCCUGACCAGCGCGGUCCCGUCAAAUCAGAGCUCAGUAAAGAUGGCAGCGCUAGCAGUGGCGGAAACCCCUUCAGGGAAAGAUGCUCUCACCGAGGGCUUGCUGGAUCUCCUGAGUCCCGCUGUACAGCAGCUCGACCUACAUGUGCACUCAGUCAGAGAGAGCCAAGUGGAACUUAGGGAACACAUUGAUAAUUUGGCAUCUGAGCUGUGUAGGAUUAACGAACAGCAGAAGGUGGCACUAGAUUUAGACCCAUAUGUGAAAAAGCUGCUUAACGCCAGGCGAAGAGUGGUGCUUGUCAACAACAUACUGCAGAACGCACAGGAGCGCUUGCGAAGGCUGAACCAUAAUGUUGCUAAAGAGACGGCACGCAGGAAGACCAUGCUUGAGGCAUCCGGAGCAUUUACCCCACGCUCUCCCAGCAAGCCAUGAUGUCCGAAAUCUCACAUUUUGGGAAUGCACCAUUACACUGUGCUCGAUGCCAAGGACCAACGCUGGAGAUCUGCAGACUCUUCCUCUUAUCGUUAAAGGGCGCUGGGCUAUGCAAAGCACUGCUAACAGAACACUUCAGCAUUAAUGUCAGUUCACUCAAGAGUAGUCAGGGAGACAGCGGUGUAAAUAUGCACUCAUUUCUUUCUUGAACAUAUGAUUUUUUAAUAAAAUAUGUGUCUUUAUGAAUUUAACUGUUGCUGAAAAA